AUGACCCCCAUCUGGCAUUACCUCGCUGUUCUAACCCUUCUCCUUCCAGGAUACCUUGCGGCCGAGCAUUACCGCCGCGAUGAUGACGCCGAUGCCUACUCACCUCCCUAUUACCCAGCCCCUCCUGGAGGCUGGAUCUCGGAGUGGAGCGAGGCAUACGCAAAGGCUCAAGCCGUGGUGAGCAACAUGACUCUUGCUGAGAAAGUCAACCUUACUACCGGCACGGGAAUGUACAUGGGCCCUUGUGUCGGCCAAACAGGAAGCGCACUGCGUUUUGGCAUUCCAAACCUCUGUCUUCAGGACUCGCCUCUCGGCAUUCGAAACUCGGAUCACAAUACCGCCUUCCCUCCUGGAGUGACUGUCGGGGCCACCUGGGAUAAGGACCUGAUGUACCAGCGUGGUGUGGAGCUGGGACAGGAAGCUCGUGGAAAGGGUGUGAAUGUUCUCCUAGGUCCGGUGGUUGGGCCCAUGUUCAGGAAGCCGCUUGGUGGGCGCGGGUGGGAGGGCUUCGGAGCGGACCCCACGCUGCAGGCGGUUGGAGGCGCGUUGACGAUCCGGGGCAUGCAAAGCACUGGGGCCAUUGCUUGCUUGAAGCAUUACAUCGGGAAUGAGCAGGAGAUGUAUCGCGAGACCUCGGUGCUGACCACGGGUUAUUCGUCGAACAUUGAUGAUCGUGCUUUGCAUGAGCUGUAUCUCUGGCCCUUUGCUGAGGGUGUUAGAGCAGGAGUUGGGUCGGUGAUGACUGCAUACAACAAUGUGAAUCGUUCGGCGUGCAGCCAGAACAGCAUGCUCAUCAAUGGCAUCCUCAAGGAUGAGCUGGGCUUUCAAGGUUUUGUCAUGACCGACUGGCUGGCUCAGCAGGGGGGUGUCUCCUCUGCCUUAGCUGGGCUUGACAUGGCUAUGCCUGGCGACGGCGCGAUUCCUUUGCUAGGGACUGCCUUCUGGGGAUCGGAGCUGUCAACCGCAAUUCUCAACGGAACAGUACCGCUGGACCGACUCAAUGAUAUGGUCACUCGGAUCGUAGCGACCUGGUAUCAAAUGGGUCAAGAUCAGGAUUACCCUCUACCCAACUUUUCGAGCAACACCCUCGACAAAACGGGUCCUCUCUACCCCGGUGCCUUAUUCUCCCCAACAGGAGUUGUCAAUCAGUUUGUCGACGUGCAAGGCAACCAUAAUGUCACGGCCCACGCGAUUGCUCGGGACGCGAUCACCCUCCUCAAAAAUGACAACGGUACCUUGCCCCUCAAACGUAAUGCUUCUCUCAAGGUGUUUGGUACCGAUGCUGGGCCGAACAAAUCAGGUCUCAACUCCUGCAGUGACAUGGGCUGCGAUCAGGGCGUUCUGACCAUGGGCUGGGGAAGUGGCACCUCACGCCUGCCCUCUCUCGUGACGCCGCAAGAAGCAAUCGCCAACGUUUCCACAUCGAAUACAACCACCUUCUACAUCACAGACACCUUCCCUUCCAACCUCCCCACGCCAUCGUCAUCCGACAUCGCUGUCGUCUUCAUCAACGCCGACUCGGGAGAGAACUACAUCACCGUUGAGUCCAACCCGGGAGACCGCACCAACGCCGGCCUCUACGCAUGGCACAACGGCGACGCGCUCGUCCAAGCCGCAGCAUCCAAGUUCACCACAGUGGUUGUGGUCAUCCAUACCGUCGGCCCGAUCCUCCUCGAGUCAUUUAUCGACCUCCCCAGCGUGAAAGCCGUGCUUGUUGCGCACCUCCCCGGCCAAGCCGCCGGCUAUUCGCUCACCGACGUUCUCUACGGCGAUACCAGCCCCAGCGGCCACCUGCCCUACACCAUUCCCGCCUCUGCGUCCGACUACCCAUCCUCCACGGACAUCAUCACCUCGCAACCUCUGUUCUCCCAGAUCCAGGACUGGUUUGACGAGGGGCUCUACAUCGACUACCGCUACUUCCUGAAAGCAAACAUCACCCCCCGCUAUCCCUUCGGCCACGGCCUGUCGUACACAACCUUCCAGUACUCCGCCCCCGCACUGACGACCGUGACCGCCCUGAGCAGCGAAUAUCCGGCCGCACGCGCCAGCAAGGCCUCCGUCCCCACCUACCCCACAAACAUCCCCGAUCCAUCCGAGGUCGCAUGGCCCAGCACGCUGGACCGGAUCUGGCGUUACCUAUACCCGUACCUUGAUGACCCCGAGAGCGUUACUAACUCCACGAGUACCUACGCGUACCCGUCUGGCUACUCCACGACGGCGCACCCGGCCCCGCGCGCCGGGGGCGGGCAGGGCGGGAACCCGGCGCUGUUUGAGACGGCCUUCGAGAUCGACGUGACGGUCACGAACACAGGCAAACGGAGUGGGAGGGCGGUGGCGCAGCUGUAUGUACAGUUACCGGGGCAGGCGGUCUUGGGCGUCGAUACGCCGCAGAGACAGCUCCGGGCGUUUGCGAAGACCGCGACCCUGGCCCCCGGGGCGAGUGAGGUGGUCAAGUUGACUGUGACGAGGAAGGAUCUGAGUGUCUGGGAUGUCACGGUGCAGGACUGGAGGGUGCCUGUUGCUGGGGAGGGGGUGCUUUUUUGGGUAGGGGAGAGUGUCGCGGAGGAGGAUUUGAGGGUUAGGUGUGCGGUUGGGGGUGCUUGUGAGGUUCUUUAG